UAAAGAAGAAGAAGAAAAAAUGAACUCUUUUCUUUGUUUUGUUUUACAAGCUUGGGAUCCUACAAGUUCCUGUGAAUUUUCCCGGGAAACUUCUCGUUUUCUCAGAGAAUAUGCUAUUUGGGAAAUCAACGCUUUUCUCUGGAUUUCUCUUAUAUCCAUCACUUAUUUUCUUACUCACAGGCUGUUUAAGCUCUUUAAGUUGUGGAAUCAGGGUUCUAAGAUCCCAGGCCCUCCUCCUCCUUCCUUUUAUGGCCAUUUCAAUACUCUCUCCAAGCAAAAUCUCACAGAGGUAUUGUCAGAUUCACAUGGGGAAUAUGGUUCAAUUGUGAAGCUAUGGUUGAGUCCAAAUCAGCUUUUGGUUUCAAUGAAAGAACCAGAAGUCAUCAAAGAGAUGUUGUAUAAGGCUAAGGAUAAACUUCCAUUGACAGGGAAGGCUUUUAAUUUGGCCUUUGGACAGUCCACCCUAUUUGCUUCCUCUUUUGAUAAGGUAGAAAAGAGAAGAGAGUCAUUGGCAUCUGAAUUGAAUGUAAAGUUUCUUGAUAGAGCAAAUUUAAUCCCGACCAGGGCUGUCGAGCGUAUCAUGGCGGAAUUACACCAGAACAUGGCCAAAGGACGUGUUGAUUGUAAAAUGGCUUCUCAGCAUAUGGCUUUCACUUUGCUUGGCGCAACAAUCUUUGGUGAAAUGUUCUUGGCUUGGUCAAAGGCUACUAUUUACGAGGACCUCUUGAUGAUGGUUGCUAAAGAUGCAUGCUUUUGGGCCUCGUAUAGUGUUACUCCCUUCUGGGAACGAGGAUUCUGGAGGUAUCGGCAAUUAUGUACAAAGUUGAAAUGCCUAACUAGAGACCUUGUUCAAGAGUGCAGUAGAAAUUACAAGUUUAAUGGCCAUCUUAAUGUAAGAGAUGAACCUUAUGGCAAUAUUAUGGGCAUGCUGUUUCAUGGAUGCUUAACGACUGGAGGUUUGAUCGGUAAUAUGUUGAUGAGGCUUGUUACACAUCCUGAAAUACAGCAGAAGAUCCGCUCUGAGAUAAUCAUGGCAAGGAAAGGUUCAGAGGAAAAAGAUCAACCUCUUGCAGAGAAGAUGCCUUUAUUGUUGGCAACUAUCUAUGAGUCUGCUCGUGUUAUGCCAGCCGGGCCUUUGCUACAGAGGUGUUCCCUGCAACACGAUUUGAGGCUCAAGUCUGGUGUAAUUGUACCGGCUGGAGCAAUAGUUGUUGUACCUGUGCAGUUGGUGCAGACGGAUGAUUCUAGUUGGGGAAAUGAUGCCGGUAAAUUUAAUCCCUAUCGUUUUCUGUGUAAGACUGAAAAAACAUCCGCUUCGCUGAAUAUGGAUACAUCCAUUGCAGGACAUGCUGAAGAACUGAAGGAUCAAAGGAAGAGUUCUUUUGUUUUGAAUGAUCCGAAUGAGAAUGCAGCUUUUCUUCCCUUCGGUGCCGGUACACGAUCCUGCGUUUACCAGAAAUUUGUCAUUCAAGGAAUCGCAACAUUGUUUGCUUCCUUGCUCGAACAGUACGAGGCGAGGCUUAAUCCAAGAUCGAAGACAAAUUCAAAACCAUCGUCAACCGACUCAAUUUCCCAAGAUUUUCUGAGUUCCAAACUAGUUUUCGUGAGGAAUAAUUGAAAGUCAUACAUAACAUAUGCUUACAUACAUACUAUCAUCCUUGUACCUUAGUUAUGUCUCCAGUUAUGUUUUUCCUCA